AUGUCUGCAUACGGUUUUGUCAAGAUAGAGAGAGAUGUGAAAAAGGCCAUCCCCAACCCAAACAAGCCCACACCUCAAACCGGUACUCAAUUGCCCAGGACGCAAGUAUCAGAUUUUACUCUCAAUUAUGCAACUGAAAAGUUGCCUGCGAAAGUGCUCAACCAUUCCAUCAGAGUCUACUUGUACAGUCAAGCAAUCAUCAAGGACCAAUUCCCGCAAUGGAAGUUGAGCCCCGAGUUGGUUUUCGUCACGAGUUUGCUCCAUGAUAUCGGCACCACGAACGAGAACAUGCACGCGACCAAAAUGUCCUUUGAAUUCUACGGGGGACUCUUGUCUCGUGAGUUGAUCUUGGCCAAGACUCAAAACCAGGACUAUGCUGACGCCGUAAGCGAAGCCAUCAUUAGACACCAAGAUUUGGGCGAGACGGGAUACAUCACCACUUUGGGGUUGAUUUUGCAGAUUGCCACGAUUUUAGACAACGUGGGAUUGAACUCGCACUUGAUUCAUGAAGAUACCUUGGAUGCGGUGAACAAAGCCUACACUCGUGAUGGAUGGUUGAACUGUUUUGCCGAUGCCAUUGGAAACGAAAACAGGUUGAAGCCUUGGGGCCACACGAGUGCUUUGGGAGUUGACGACUUCCCCAACGACGUCUUGAAGAACAAGUUGAAGUAUGAAAAGUUGUAG